AUGAACAAUAAUCAUCUGGCUACUGACUUUGAUAUGGUUAAUGUACCAUUAAAUAUAAAAUCAAAGUUGGGAGUUCAAGGUGACCACUUUGUCGCUGAUGAGGUUUAUCUACAUAAUACCUAUGAAGAAGAGGAUGUUGAUGAUGAUGAUGAAGUAUCCUCUAGCGACUCGCUCAGUCUACUAUUGGAGCGGCAGAGGCAGCGACAAUUGAAUCACCCGCUGCAUCAGAAUCAUAUAAAGGCCCAGUUGCCUACGCCUGGGGCCCGAAAAGUGAAGGAAACUAAUAAAAUAUCUUUAGAAUAUGACCCAAUAUCUAAGAGAAAGGUUUUAAAUACUUAUGAGAUUAUUAGGGAAUUGGGCCACGGUCAGCAUGGUAAAGUUAAGUUAGCUCUCGAUUUGGUGACUAAACAACAGGUCGCUAUCAAGAUUGUUGAUAGGCAUGACAAAAAGAGGAAUACUUGGAAGCUUCAGAAGACAUCCAACCAUGGAGAAAGUGAUAAAAUAAGAAGAGAAAUAGCAAUUAUGAAGAAGUGUAAUCACGAGCACGUAGUGAAGUUGAUUGAGGUGCUUGAUGAUAUGAAGUCGCGAAAGAUAUAUUUAGUGUUGGAGUACUGUUCAAAAGGAGAGGUUAAAUGGUGUCCGGGUGAUAGUUUAGAAACUGCUGCACGUGGCCCACCGCUUCUAUCCUUUCAGAGAACUAGAGAGAUAAUUAGAGGCGUUGUACUUGGUUUAGAAUAUCUACACUAUCAGGGUAUUAUACAUCGGGAUAUUAAACCAGCAAACCUACUACUUUCUGAGGAUGGAAUAGUAAAAAUUUCGGACUUUGGUGUUUCCCUAGCAUCAACAACCCCUUCUACUUCAACCUCCUCAUCUUCCUCGUCGUCGUCAGCAGUAAGCAACCUGCGAACAGACGGUCCAGAUGAAUUGGAAUUGGCGAAAACAGCUGGUACGCCCGCCUUUUUUGCACCUGAAAUAUGCCUAGGAAAUGAUGCAUAUGAGAAAUUUAACGUUGAUAGACAAAAGUUUAAUAAAGGAUCUUUAAUUUCCUACAUGAUAGAUAUCUGGGCCCUUGGAGUCACUUUACACUGUUUAUUAUUUGGAAAGCUUCCAUUUAUAGCGGAAUAUGAGAUGGAGUUAUUUGAAAAAGUUAUUAACGAUCCGUUAGAAUUUCCUUCGUUUGAGCAAAUGAACUCUAAUGGAGUCUCUAAAAUAUCUUGCCCUGAAGAAUAUGAGAUGGCAAAAGACUUGCUAAAUAAAAUUUUGGAAAAGCAUCCAUUGAAGAGGAUUCCAAUAUCGGAUGUGAAAAGACACCCCUUUGUUUGCUGGGAUUUUAACCAUUUGGAAGAUUAUGAUGAAGUCUAUGAAUCUCUGAAAUUAUCUGAAAAACUUAGUUUCUUCAAAAAUGAUGAUGAAGGAUACCAGCAAAUAUCAGUGUCUAUUGACGAAGUCGAUAAUGCAGUUUAUGGUAUUGGGAAAGGUUUAAGGAAGUCUCAGGUAAACACAUUACUUCAGGCCCCAAUUGGUAGACAUGGUUCGAGAUCCAAUUGUUCUAUCGCUCUAAAUCCUGAUGAUUUUAUUUCUCAAUCCAGUGAUAUAGGAGCCAGACCAACCUCGGUAACUCCUAAAAACGCUAGCAGAGAAACUUCUUCGACUGCUAACGCAGAUAACGUUAACAUUAUUUUAAGUGAGGAGCCAAAUAUAACAAAUAGGUGUUCGCCACUUGCCAAAAUAUCAACGGUGUCAUCCUUGAAUCAAAGCACAAUGCCAGAAUUAAGUGCUCGUGAACUUUUUCAGAGGGAACUACAAAAGUUUGACAAUGAACGAGAUCCAAGUUCAAUUGUAUCGUUGCCGGUCAACUCUUCAUUUGCUUCAUUGGACAGCUUAUACAUUGAUAACUUUGCGUUAAAGGAUACUAGUAUGUACGAUUCGGAGCAUCUAUCGCCGCGGUACCAAGAACAAGGUUUUAAUCUCAAUUCUCACUCUCCGGGAAAUAUUUCGAUACUUAACAGAGGUUCAAAUACUGUUUGCCCAUUGGAAAGUGUACCAGAAAAUGUUCCUUCUUCUUCCUCUUCUUCUUCUUUAUCGAUGAACGAUAAAAGGUUGCAAUCCCCCAACACAUUUACUGUGAAUAGACUUGCGAUGGGAUCUAUUAGAACUGAUCGCAUCCCACGAGGGACGGAGCUAGCAUCCCCGCAGUCUGGUAGUUCACGGCAACGGUACCCUGUCACUUGUGAUCCUUUAUCAGGUUCGCGACUUGGAGGGGCUUCAGGUGCAAUAACGUCUUGUGGUCCUACUAAGCCUGAACAUAAAGAGGUUUCGCCAGAGUUAGGUGUCGAGCGCUCGCCGCCCGCAACCAGUGUUAAUACUUUGUUCCAUUCAUUGUCUCAUAAUCGCUCACAUUCUCAGAACGUUGCAGGUCGUCUCACCCCUUCAUCAUUAUCGAGGUCUGUAGAUCGAGGUAUUAACAAGAAAGGUAUUUUUGAUGGUCUACACGGUAUUGAUGAUGAGAAGGAUUCGUCGCAUGAGGCGUCAGAUGCAAUUUCAAUGGAAUCGGGUUGCAACUAUACCCGUGAAAGUAGUAGGUCUGAUACUGAAUCACUCCCAUUCGAGUUUGCAGUAGAUUCAAAUAACGCUUCAGAGCUGUCACUGCGGAGCAUUUCUGAAUUAGGUCCCGUCGGCUCUUAUUACGAACAGGUUAUCACACAUAUGGAUGAUUCAAAAAGUGACGCAGAUGAUACAGAGCUAGCAUUUAACGCGGGGACGUUUGGACAGAUUCGUAGAUUUGGAUCUGCUGGUGGUAGUCAAGCAAGUCUAGAACCACCAACUUCACAUAAAAAUUUCAAAGGAGGACGCCUUUCGGGACUACCAGAAAGGCUCAAGCAGUCACUAACUUCUGACAGCAUGUCCACAUUAACCGCACCAUCUACAGCUGGAAAAGCAUCCAACAGAGCAAAAGAUAACUUUGAUUCUAUGGCUCAUGAUACUGGUUUGCUCUUGCUACAGAAUGAUAACUUUAAGGAAAGCGUAGAUGUUCCAGAUAAUGUCCUUGGAAUGAUCCCAGAAUUACAAAAUAGGUCAAGUAAUACUGGAACUUCGAUACCUCUGGCAAAUGGAGCUAGUGGAUGGUUACUACCCCACGCACCAUCGCCAGCUACCACUCAAGAAACUCAUAUUGAUCAGCUUCUAAGUACUAGUAGUAAUGAACUAUCCCACUUUUCAUCAAGGGAGUUACUACAAAGUGUUUUGAGUUCCAAGAACACAUCUAGAAGAGGUUCCGUUCCUGCAGUACAUACUAUGCAACCCUCUCCUUUGGGGGCAUCUCAUGAUGAGAUACAAUCUGUUGGUUACGGUAGGACUUCUAAGGCUUAUCUAUCAAGGGAUGAGGUUUUUAACGAGCCUAUCACUGGUGAUUCUCAAAGUAUAGAGACAAGUAGAGAUCGAUCAAAAUCUAUUUCUAUUGGCCAAUUAGAAUUGCGUGGUGACAAUUAA